GCCAGGGGUCUUGGAGGAAGUGUGUUCGCGGGCUUUAUUUGAAGUUAAGACUUUCUCUUAAGAAAAUCAUACUUGUACAAGCAAAACAUGAAUGCAUCUCUCGUCUGAGUUUGUUCAUUUUUUCAAGUCUCAACAGAAAUAAGGAUAGGAUGGAUCUUAGCUGGCGUAAAUGGCAGCCAGCGCCAAGCUGCGGCACGUCUUCCCCAGAUACAACGACUAGUCCCGACCACCUAUCGACGCUAGGGUCGAGUACUGGGUCACCGUCAUCUUCCAAUGGUGAGAAUUCUCUGACCUCAUCACCAGAGCACGAGCGACCACUACAGCAGGAAAAACGGAAAACACUGACAUACUGUCCACGCUAUGAGCUCGCGAAUGAUGUUAAUGGUGACAAGCGGCGAGCGCAUGUGGCGAGGGUAGAACAGCUUCUGGCAAUGCGAAGCAAGGGUCACAGAAGUAUGAAAGUUCUUCUUACGCAGACCACAGAAGAAUUUCGCGAAUGUUGCCAUGAAGUGAUGAGUGAACUACCAGCAGGGGUAAAGCCACGGGGGGCAAAGCAAAGCCAAAGAGAGGUGGUGCUCGAAGUUGGGUGUUCGUACGGGGAGAUGACCAUGAAACUCGUGAAGGCGUAUCCAGACGUGCCCUACGUCGCGGUUGACAGGAGCCGAGAGGCUAUUGACUCUCUCCGCCAACGCAUAAAGGCAGACAACGAAAACCAAAAUCGGGAUAUCGGCAGCAACAACUCGAGAUCAUCGACAUCGGCAACUACGAAAAGCCUGCACCAGAAUUUGAACGUUUUUCAAUGGGACAUGUUUUCUUCGAGGUCGUCAGUCUCAGUAUAUUCAAAAUCGCACCAAAGCAAGAUGGAGCAGGAGGAAAAUCAAAACUCGUCGACGACCGUCGACUACUGGACCGCAGCUACAACACCCGCACCAUGUGCUGUCUUCUUGGAUAUUGGUGGAGAUAGGAAUGCACUCUCCGUUUUAGAAGCGAUAGAGACGCUCAUCACCAAACUAGGACUUCUUGAGGUUGAGUCGGAACGUGCCCAUAGCAGCAUGGACGACCAGGAAGACGAAGACCAAGGACCAGCGGGAGUCCCCACUUGCCUCGUGGUAAAAUCAGAAUGGCUCUCACGGAUUUGGGUUGAGCAGAGGGAUCUUGAGUCGGAUGACAAGUCUUUAUUUCAUCCAGGCAGCGACUGGGCCCGGGAUUUUCUGAAUCUGAUCUCUACAAUGCCACUCACUUGGCAGCACAGUAAAAUGAACAAAGACAAAGAAACUUCUCCGACGUAGGCGUUGUACUUUUAACAGCGUGCUUAGGAAUGAUUUCUUUAUCUAUUUAAUUUGAAGCAAUUAAUUGUCUUGGUGCAGAGAGAAAUGCGUAGAAGCAACAAAAUGUUGCCACGCGGGUGAUUUGGCGCACCAGCCAAUGCACUUCGUCAGAAAAUGAUGGGCGG